AUGAAGGGGCUCCACAGAGGGACGGCAACAGCCCUCGCCCUCUUGCUUUCUGCUUCUUUCAUCUCUUACUCCUGGAGCGCUCCUCAGGCUCACUUCCAAAGAAGAAACUGGACUCCGCAGGCUAUGCUGUAUUUAAAAGGUGCACAAGGUCGGCGCUUCAUCUCAGAGGAGAGCCAGAGGAAGGAUCUGUAUGACAGGUUGCAGCUAGAAACCCGCAGCCAAAAUACAAACCCGUUAACGCUUUCUGAAGCUGCAGCAUUAUUUCUCUCUUCUCUACGGAAAGCACAAGAGGAAGAUGAAGAAGAGGCCAAUGAGAAUCCUGGAUACGUCGGCGAUGGCCUUUUAAACUGGUGA